AUAUCCUCGGUGACGUCAUCACACUGGGCGUUGGGCGACGCGCUUACGUACACCCUUUUAAGUUAUCUGAAACCUAACUGAAUAAAAGAAGAAGCUAAAGCAUUAUACAAAUUGGAAAAGUAAAAGUGUGAUGCUGCUGCUGCUCGGCAUUAGAGGGGUUUCCUAAAGUCAAAAGAAAUCUAUUUUUAGAACAACUAUUACCAAUAACGUGACGAAAUACGCUUAGUGGGCAUGCGCCAACCAAGUGACCCCCGUUUGGUGCUUAAUAAUUGUAUAAAUAUGUAAUGUAAUUUGCAAACCGUUAUACAACAUAGCAGACGAUCAAAGACGAUACUUGAUUGUUUUAUUCCAAUAUUAACAAUGCUUACUUCUCGCAUGCUUGUUCGAUGUGGUGCGGAGAACGCUUUGAAGAAUGUGACUAUUAUUGCUCCCUCUCAGUCUGUGAAAGUGAAACAAGGAUGUGUCGGUCACCUUCACCUGGCACCUGCUCGACCUACCCUUUGCUCUGCUACUGUCAGAAAUUAUGCUGCCACCAAACAGGAAGUAGACGAGCAUGUUAGGAAAUACAAAGAAGGAAACUUCGACAAAAUACCAGAUCCUGAACGCUUAGAACAUUUCAAAACACACGAGGCACUGAAGACGGCAUCAUCCGCAACCGUAGCUACAGCUGCUGGGAAGGCGAAGGUGACAGGAAGUACGACGGAUGUAACCAAUGAUUCCCCCCCGCCUGUCGGUACACAUGCACUCCCGCACCCUAUAUGGUCCAAGGACGAACUUGAUAAUGUGGUAGUUACACAUAAACCACCAUCAGGUGUUGUGGACAAGAUGGCCUUCUACAGUGUUAAACUGAUGAGGAAGUCUUUUGACCUCUUGACCUUGUUCGACUUCGGAGAGAGAACAGAAAGAAAAUGGGUUUUGCGAAUCUGUUUCCUGGAGACAGUUGCCGGGGUGCCAGGUAUGGUGGCUGCCAUGACACGUCAUCUUACCUCGCUACGGAGGCUGGAGAGAGAUCACGGCUGGAUCCACACGCUUCUAGAGGAAGCAGAGAAUGAAAGAAUGCAUCUGAUGACAGCAUUGCAGCUGCGACAACCUACAAGGUUAUUUAGGGGAUGUGUCAUAGGAGCUCAAGGUAUAUUUGUGACAUUCUUUAGCUUUGCUUACAUGCUAAGCCCCCGGUUCUGUCACAGAUUUGUCGGAUACUUGGAAGAGGAAGCAGUGAUAACAUACACCAAGUGUAUCAAGGAUAUCAAAGAUGGGCCUAUGAAACACUGGCAGACCCAGGAGGCUCCCGACUUGGCGAUUCGCUACUGGAAACUUGAUGAAAAUGCUACAAUGCUGGAUGUCAUUUUGGCCAUAAGAGCUGACGAGGCCCAUCAUCGCGUGGUCAACCACACGUUGGCGUCACUGAAGGAGGACGACUACAACCCUUACAAACCUGGCAAGUGAGGGGCUGACUACAACCCUUACAAACCUGGCAAGUGAGCGACUGUACUCGAUAUACUACAGCCCCUGUUUGUAGUCUCUCUGCGGCCCUCGAUAGAGUGGAAUUGGAGCGCUCCAGGCCCAAAGUAACAGUCAGGAAUUUUGUGACACAGUCCAGUUGUUAUGACGUUUCUCUUCCAAUGACUCGUGAAACCAAAUUUCCACAAAGAAAUUUUGUUCACAAAUUUAUGAACUUUUCUAUGUACUUGUAACACUUUACAGUUCUUUAAGAUGCAGCCACAGUAGAUGGAAACGUUCUACAUAUCUUGGCAUUAGGACAUUUUGUUAAGGAGGAGAUUUGUUAUAUCAGUUCUGACAGCUUUUCCUCGUGUACCUGGGUCCUGGGUGUAUGAUUUAAUGUACACAUGAGUACCUGUAGGAUAAAUCUGUCCAGAAUACUGUAUAGUUGUUUAUUUCAUGGGGCCGAUACUUUGCGGAUGCCCGACCAGAAUUACUUCACAAGGAUUAAAUUUUGCAUCACAAACUAUUGCACUCAAGAUUCUUUUGUAUUUUGGGGAUGUGAUUUAUUUCAAAGGUGUUUUAUCAAAAUAAUGCAAAAUACAAUAUUGAAUUGUUUUGUCUCCAUUAUUCAGCAAUAAAAGGGUAAACAGGUCUUUUCUUUAUCUCCCUAUUUUCAUUGUAUUAAUAUUCGCUGGGUAUUUAAUCUUUGUUGACUGCAAAAUUAGAAAAUUAGAUAGAUCCAUUACAAAAAUUAACUUUACAGUAUUAUAAAUAAUCAUUUUUGUGCUUAAAAUUUUGAAUACAAAUUUUCAGCUGCAAACUUAUUUGCCAUUUUUGCAAUAUGGGUCCAAACCCACACAUUUACAUUUCAUUCAAUGCCAUUUAAAAAAACAUAAGCCUACUGCUCAUAGGUUAAACUUAAACUAGUAGUGAAAAUUUACAUUUAAACACGGGUAACUUGGUAAUGACCAGUUCCAUAUUCUUGACUUUAAUACGCUACUUUAACGGAAAUAAGAUACUUCAUAGAAUGCUGCCUUGUUUUAUACACUGUUUUAUGUAAAUACUGCUUGUAUUAAAUAUAAGUUAUAGAAACAGCCCUGUAUAUAUGCAAAUGGAUCAACAUUUAAUGCUUUGAUGUCAGUUUCCUGUGGUACUUUCACGUUAAAUCCUAUAAUUUUUUGUUGUAUAUAUUGUUUGAGUUACUAAUGCAUGCUUUUCAGAAUGAUUUAAUUUUUGUUUGUUUUAUCUUUUUUGUACAUGUAUAAAUCAGUAAUAUUUUAUUUGUUUUAAUAUUGUUUACAAUUUUACCGGUUAUGUUGAUGAGAGAUUAUUUUGUAUUUGAUGAUCGGGCCAUAAUAAUUUAUUAUAGCUUAAUGAUGUUAAUGAGUUUUUGUGUCUCCCUUACUCCCAACCCCUACCCAAAUUAUGUAAUAGAAAGUAGUGAAAAGAAUAUGUGCCUUCAUUGGGGGUCAAAGCAGUGACCCCAAAUCUUUUCUGCUGAACUAAAAAAAAAAGGGAAAUUCCCUCUAGCAUUGGCUAGUAUAGCAAUAAUAUAUGUUCUUAUAGAUAUUUCCUUAACUGCGAUACUAAUUAUUUUUGCAUGCAUUUAUAAAUACAAUGUAUUACAUUACACCUAUAAAUGGUUAAAUGAUGACUAUGGUAAAAAAUAUCAGCAUUCAGACAAUAAUUUCUGUUAAAAAAUAAAUUAUGUCAUAUAUUAUAAAUAAUUGGGAAAAGCUUCCCGUCCUUGAGCGCAAAACAUGCGUUUCACUUAUACUUUGGCACAUUACAAGUACAGUAUACAGCUGUACCCAAUUGUCAUUAUUUUUGCUGUGUUAGUUGUUUCUCAAAUACUUGUGACUGCAAAACCUCAUUUGUCACAUGACCAUUUUAAUUUUUCAUUUCUAUAUAAAAAUAUGUACACAGAAUUCUAUUUUUACCGAACAAAGUUUGAAGGUACGUACAUCAUUUGAAGAUGUGCAUGAAUAAAGGAAUUUGCGGUUUCACUGUUUUACUGGAGUUAUGGCCCUUGAAACUUUCUGCUCAAGAAACCUUGUGAGAGCAAGGGGGGGGGGGGGGUAUACAACUUUGAGCUCGCUCAGAGUUUCGUUAAUUUUUCUAGAUAUAUUGAAAAUAUUUGCUAUAGAAUUCCUUGUUAUAUUUAUUUCAUUCUGACUUUACAUAAAUAAUUGAUCAACACAAACAAAUAUGGCAGAGUUUUCCUACCAAACCUCAACAUGACAGACUUCAACCAUCCGAGUCAAGUCAGUGUUUGUCUUCACACACUUCCAAAAUCACUUUCAAUUCAAACACAUAAGUGACUUUGGAAAGAUGUUGUGAUUGACAACUGCAGGCCACAUCUGUAGUGUAUAGUAGGUAUACAAUAUAUAAAAACUUAAGACUACAUGAACAGAGAUAAUGUUUCCAAGGAAGAUAGAUACUUGGGGGGAAAAAAUAUUUACAUUCUUAAAAAAAAAAAAGUCUUACCAUUUUCAUUCUUACCUGGUACUUAAAUUUUAUGCGAGUCCUAGGGUUAUACUGCAUUUCACAAGAAAAGGUGGCUCGCCAGGAAGCAGUGGUUUUUCCUCAUAUUCCUCGGCUCCUUCAGUGACAUGAACUUGUUUUGAGAAGAUCAUUGUUGCAAUGAAACUUUUGUGGCAUUUCUUUUCUCAAAUUCUUACUUGUAAAAAAAGUCUAAAGUCUCAUUUUUUUGUCAAUAGAUUUCCUUGAAUUUUGUGUGAGAAUUAAAAUGUCUUGACAAAAGAUUCGGGAUCACUAUUUUCAUCUACCUCUACAUUUCAAUCAUAUCUGUAGGUCCACUUACAGGCUGUGCCAUAAUGGGAGACGUUCUUCAGGUGCUUUUCAGGUCGGGUGGGGAGAUCAUGUGAUAUGUUUAGUGUCAUACACACCAUUGAGUAAUUUACAAACGUUUUUCAUGUUAUAACAGGAUUCACAUAUUUGUUAAUAUAUUUGUUACCUUAUUAACCAACUUUUCAAAUGCUCUUAAAUUGUCUAGAGGCUUAUGAAUAUUUGGCAAACCUCUGUCUAUAAAUAGAUAUGUUUUUGCAUUUUGUAGUGUACCCAUUAUCAGUCCUAAUGCAUCUUUGCUAGCAAAGAUGGUCCUAUUGGUGUACCGGGGGUAUUUAUUUAUUUCUUGAAUUGAUUGAGGAAAUCCCAUGGGGACUGAUCGGCUUUGAAUUUGAUACAGGACAUUUAUUUUUCUAUUUCUAGUAAUGUUAUAUUUUACAUUUCCCUGCAUAUAUAUAAACUGUAUCCCAUUUAUUAGAAUUAAUAACCAUCUCCAGCUUCCGAACAGUCCCAGAGUUUUGUGUAUAUCAGUCAGAUAGUUGGUUUGUUUCUACGCCGAUCUCUGUGUUACUUUAGUGAAGUAGAAUAGACUAUUGUUUGUUCAGAGUAUUUGAAUAAAUAUUGUUGAAAGUUAUUUUAUGUCUUCAUUGUCUUAUUUUUUGUUGUCCUAUUUUGGUUCCAUAUUUAUUUAACAAUGUAUAGCUAGCUAUCCACUUCUUUUUCAGAUCUUAUGAAUAUCACUGAUAAAGUAACUUUAAAGAUAUAGACCACAAAAUUGUGAAUAUUGAAUUUAUACCGGCCUUGACAAGUGCUACAAAACAUUCUACCAUAUUUAUUCGACAAUAAGCCCUUCCCUCGUAAUAAGCCCACCCAUGUCAAGCAGAGCUCAGUAGAAAUGCUAACAAAUACUAUUUCAUAUUUCAUUGUCCAGGGACCUAACACAUAAACUCGGACGUGAAGUGAAGGAUGGGCCGACUGUAAGAUAAAAAUGGUUUAUAUCGUUUAGUGAGACUGCUACUAUAUGUGCUAUAUAUGGAAUGGAUAACAUCACCAUUCAUUGUGACAUUACAAUAAACGAUAUUACGGCAUUCACAGCAAA